CCAACGUUAGAGACUUUGCUUUCUCUUUGACUCGACCUCAGACACUGUAUUCAGCUACUGUCCUCCUUUGCGAGGCGAAGCUGUUUCAGCAUGUCACGAGGCAGCUUCGUCUUCACGUCCACCGCUUUGCGCUCUCUCCAACUGGACGAGGACAUGCUGGAGCGACACAAGUACAAUCAGCGCUUGGCCUCCCAUCAUCCGUUGAGCUACGCGCUGAAGAAGGAGGCCUGGGACAGGACGCCAUUGAGCUCCAACGCCGCGACGAAGCCAGCUGUGUGCCGAGACGUGGUUAUCCAAAACGCGCUGUACACAGGCAACCUGGAGGCCGUGCGGCGCCUCUUUCCUCGAGGAUCCACCGCCAGCCUCAUCAUCGAGCCGCAGGGCGGAGAGAUGCGCUGGGUCGCCCGGGGGGAGGGACUUUGGUCGCUGACGUACGAGCAGGAGCUGACAACGCCGCUUCACAUCACGGCUGGACGAGGCUUCACCGAGUGUCUGAAACUCCUGCUGCAACGCGGAGCCAGCGUCGACCUGGCGCCAGGUGGCAUCACCGCCUUGCACGGGUCCUGCGUGCACUGCGAGCCAGAGUGCGCCAAAAUGCUGCUGGUCCACGGUGCCAACGCCAAUGCGGUCUCGGAGGACGGCCGGAUGCCUUUGCACUUAUGCUCCAACCCGGAGUCCAUCGACUGUGCAAAGUAUCUCCUUCAGUAUGGCGCAGCCAUCAACGGACGCACCGUGGAUGAAGACGACACUCCCUUGCAUGUGGCAGCAAGGAACGGUCUCGCCGAUCACGUCGAGCUCUACCUGCGCUACGGAGCCGCCGUGGACAAAAAGAACGACGAAGGCCUCACGCCCCUGAACGCCGCCUGCGCCCAGCCGCAAGAACCGCAGGACCUCCGGCGCUACUUCGACUUGUGCCGGAUGCUGAUGAAGGCGGGGGCCGACAUCCGCACCACGGACCAGGACAAACACACGCCGCUGCACAUGGCGUGUAAGAAUGUCAACGCAGACUUGGUGGAGCUGCUGUUGGCCAACGGGUCCGGCGUUAACGACAUGGACUACGGCGGCGAAGCCCCCAUGCAUAACAUCCUGAAGGUGGUGUGCUACAAGCUGGCCCAUGGUCCCGAGAGGGUCGUCCGUGCCCUGCUCAACCACGGCUCCAUCCGGGUGUGGCCUGGAGCAUUGCCCAAGGUUCUGAGGCACUGCUCUCAAUCUCCACGCACCAUCGAAGUCCUGCUCAACGCCUACAGUCACCUCAAAGUCACCGACACCUGGGUCGAGUCUGUACCCCCCGAGGUCUUUCAGGAGCACAAGGAGUUCUACGAGUCCGUCUUCUCCCUGGCGCGGACUCCUCGUUCCCUGCAACACUUGUCACGCUGUAAAUUGAGGGUUUUCCUGGAAGGUCGACUCAACAAGGUGGUCCCGGGACUACACCUGCCCACCUUUAUCAAGAACUACUUGCUCCUGGAUUACAGAGGUUAUGUCCACUAAGCACCUUGAAGCACUGAUAGUCCUGAUGAAGAGUUUGCUGCUGCUAGAAAUCAAUAUUGCUGGUUUGUUGGCCUUGACUUCAAGCUUUUAGCACAUUACAUUUUGUACCACCAGAGGGCACUAGAGACUUGAUGUGAUGAAGUAUUGCCAGCGCACUGCCAUGUUUCCAUUUUAAUCUCACUCCUAUAAUAAUUAUGUUUUACCUAAGUACUUGAGAGUAAACUGAAUUUCUAGUUUGUUUGUUUUUUACCUGUAAAUUAUCUCAUUUUGAUGUAAAUGUCCACUGUAUGGCAUCUCAAUUUGCCAAAUUCCCAGACUAUCACUGUAAGCUUUCAUAUCUUUAAUAAACUUAAAAU